GGGGCGUGCCCAGCACUGGGAGACCUGCGGUCUCCCAGUAACCCAGCUCUCCGAUCAGCUGUUCGGCAGUCCGAGCGUGCGGUCGCGCGUUGCGGGGCGGCGGUGCGGGCAGGCCAUGCCUGGGGACUCCCCGCCGCUGUGGGAGCUGGUGGAAGAGCACGUUCCGCUCCCGGAGCGGCCCGAAGUGAAGAGGAUUCUCGGGGAGACGACGGUGGACCUGAGCCUGGAGCUGCGGGCAGAGGUGGGGCGUGGGAAGGUGGGCCCCACUCCAGGCCUAUCCCACGACUUGGGCGAUUUCCUCACCUCCUCCGGGUCCCUGGCUCUGCCCGGUAACUUUGGAGCUCUUGUCGGAUCUCACUGUCCGCCCAGCCCUCUCCAGUUUAACUCUGCCCUGCCCCUCACUCCCCUAGCUCCCCUUCCUCCCCUUACUUCCCCCCGCAGUCGCAAGGUGUCCCAGCUCUCCUUGCAGGUGGUGAUGCUACGAUCACUGCUCCGAGAGGCUCGAUCCUUCCAAGCCCCUGGUUCGCGCCGCACCUCUGACCUCUCCUCCCUUCUGGCACCACCGCCCCUCCUCAGAGACCUCGUGCGCCAGGAACUGCGGCAGCUGCUCCAAGGUCUCCGCCGGAAGGCCAUCUGUGAGGGCAGGGACCAGACCCAGGCUUGGGUCCAGUACAGCCCCGGGGUCCUGCGCUUUGCCUUGGAGGAGCCCAGGCGUGAUUUGCCAGAGCAGGGGAUAUUCCGCCUGAGAGCUGGUGAGCCCAGCAGCUGUCACAGGGACCUCAGCGUCAUCAAGGACCAACUGAACGUGUCCCACGUUGACCAGGUUGCCGGAUACCUGCGGGCCCUCCUGGAGGAGGAGUGUCGCAAGUUGAAGAGGGAGGUUGCCAUCCUGCAGCGCCGCCUGGAAGAGGAGUAUACAGGGGCCCCUUGGCCCUCUGAGGCAAGCCUAGAGCCCACCCUGGCAGAGCUAAAGGAACAGAAGGCAGCCAUGCAACAGGAGCUGCGGGCACCUCCGAGGCCUUCCUGUGUCUCCCCCGGUCACAGGCUGCAGCCCUUGGAGUCCUCCAGCCAGGGCCUCGGACCACUGCCUUGCCUCCGUGGGGCUGCUGGAGUUUGGGCCAGGCCUCUCCAGUGCCACCUGCCCUCUCCUCCUCUGGAGCGCUGCCCCAAACCUCAAGGCCUGGCCGCCACCUGCCGCUGGGGACGGAAGCUUCAGUGCAGCCCCGGAAAAAGGCCAGCUUCCACUCCGAUGUCCAGUGUGGCGCCCCAGGCCCCAACCUGAAGGGCUGGUCAGGAAGGAGACUUCCGCUUCUGCUGGAACUCGCCCUGUCUGCUGCUGACACCUCUCAGCUGCCAUGGCCCAGCCCACUUCAGAUCUAGUCUUGGAUGAGGCCUCACCAGGAUUCCAAGGCUGUCUGUCUCUCUGGCCCUCACCCUACCCCCUCGCCUGGUCCUUGGUGUCUGGUCCUGACCAUCACAGCCUUUGGCCUUUCUCUUCCCAGGCAUCCCUCAAAGGUCUGGCAGGAAGAGGUCUCAUCCCAGCCCUGACUCUCGUCCCCAUGGGGGACCCAGACAAAGCACAGCAGCAGCGCAGAGACAGGAAUAGAAAUUUCAUUAAAAUCUAUGGACUUUAAAA